AUGACUUUGUUGCACACUCGGUAUUCGGCCGAAGCAACAAGAGCGCGAAUCUCCAUGAGGCGGAAACGACUCAAGACCAAAGGGCAGAGAAGUAGGACGAGUUUCCAACACAGCUUCGGGCAGGUGACUAAGAGCCCAGCCUCUCUUGACUCGUCAACACUCGCAGCACAUGGCCACUCUGCUCAAUGGCCCCAGUUGGUAACUUUGACUGGGGAACAAAGAGGGCCGGAUGGCAGUGCUGCCUCGAUCUUAGCAACUAGCAGGGAGCUGCAUAUUGGCAUGCCCUCAAGAAAGAUGGCAUCAAAAAAAACUGAUGUGCAAUGA